UCGGGCGUCAAGACGGCAGGGAGCACUGUUAUACUGGUGGUGCGCGCUUUGCUGUGAGACCAGUGCUCUAUAUUGCUAAGACUUAUCGCGGGCAUUGCUAGUAAUAAAAAUUUCAGUGGACUUUUAUAGUGUUAAGAAAUUUGCUUUUCAUUCACUCGGUAGUUCAUUUUACCGUUAGAUAACGCCUACCACAAAAGUAAGUGAUUACAUGAUACUAAUCCGGUGUGUAUAUAUAUAUAUACUAACAAAGAGUGACAAGUGAUAAUCAGAAGGCCUAUUCAGAUCAAUCUUAAUCGAGAGUGAAGGAAUCAUGAGUGUAUUACUGGCAAUAAAACGUAGUGGAGCAAGUGGGGUUGAGGCAGCACUACCAACGCCACUACUGAUGUGCGCCAGGAAGUGAGGAAUUGAGACAAUGAUGGGGACACCUCCUACGCCGCCACUGACACCCUGAUAUCACUUUAAGGAGCCAUGACAACACUUAGAGACCGCUAGUGGUACACCUAUAACGCUAAGGAAAUCUGGCAACACACAAAGACCGCCAGUGGCGCCGUGGUAACGCUGAGGAUCGUUAGCGACACCAUAACUAUUUUAAGAUUUAUAAGUGAAUGGUGCUGACACCACUUAAAAACAAAUAAGACUAUUCUUUUAAGGUCUCACACUAACUAGACCCUGGUGAUAUACUGAAGAAUUUAAACAAACUAUCACUCAGAGAAGACAUCGACCAGAUACGUUAAAGAAGCCCAGUUUACAACACUCGAGCAUCAAAAUGAUUCUCAGUAGAGAUCUUCAGGAGAUCCUGGAAGGCGUACACUACUUCCUGAGUGAGGCGCUGCCGGGGGAACCUCUGAGCGGGAAGCUGGAAUGUCUACGUAGGGGACUGGUGCUGCAGUUGGAGGCCCUGGCGCUGUCCUACCCCACCCUCAGAAUCAGGGCCCGCUCCUCCACCUCCCUCCCCUACCUUGCCAUGGACCAGGCCAACGUACAAGGAGGUCACCCACCGAGUGAGAGCCUCAGUAGCGGCAGCAGUGGAGGUUCCAACAGCUACAGUAACAGUUCCAGUGGGGACGGCCUGGUGAUGGGGCCAGGCAGGGGCGGCUGUGACACCCUCGACCGACCACAGUUCCUACCUCAGGAUGAAGAGUACGAAGACUUCCAGGACAACAGAAGAGACAGUGGAAUGGUAGAGGAGAGGACAGGAGGCCGGGAUGAUGUGGAGGAGACUGAGGAUGUCUAUAUGAAAUCUGUUGACGUAAUGUCCUUUAGUAAUAUCAUCGCCACAUGUGACAAACACGGAGUACUAGUGAAGAAAACCAAAGGUCUCCUGAGGAACGUGAAGAACCACUGUGUCGCUGCCAACGGAAUGCUCUACCUCUACCAGAAGGAAACUGACGAGAGGCAACGCAAGACAAUUGACCUGAUGGGAUACUCGGCACGGGAAGCAACAGGUGAAGACAUUCGAGACCAGCGUAAGAGAGAUGCAGCGUUUGAGAUUGUUGGCCCAGGGAAAAAGACCCACACGUUCAUUGCACGGACAGCUCGUGAUAAAAUGGAAUGGCUAUCUGCCAUAGAUCGAACCAUCAAGUCUGGCCGAAACCGCACACAGUCCUCUGUCAGUUCUGCAUCCGAGGCAGGUGGAAAUACUAACACUAAUGGAAUCAGACAUGUAGGAAGCAUUGAAAUAAUCUUACCACCCAAAGCUCCACCGCCAACACAGAUGCUGCAAGGAAAAGAAGGUAAACCUGCAGAGGAAUAUUUCUUUUACCACGAUGUCGCCAGUGACGCCAAAGAUGAGGUGUAUGAAGAAGUAGAUCCUGAUGGGAUGACUGUAGGGGACUGUGACACACUACCGCCACCACCACUGCUGCCAUCACAUCCAACACAACUCCCGGAUUAUGACCCGGUAUGCCCUGAUGACCUGCGACCACCACUUGGGCCUCCUCUGCCCUUAUCUCCCAGUUUAGGAAGACUGCCUCCUGGACGACCACCUCUUCCAAAUGUUCUGCAAGAACAACUCAAUAAACAGGCAGCGAGACCCCUUCCUGAUGCUCCUUCUGAGACCAGUGAGGGUAGUGAUGACACUAUUGGUAUUUAUGUUGAAAUUGAGGAUGAUAUUCUUGAAAUUGGCCGAGAAAACUUUAUGAGAACUUUUGAACAGCAAAAUGAAAAAGGUAAGACAGAAGCCACAAACUAUAAAGAGUCAGAUCAGGAGAAAAACUUGAAUGGUGGUUCUAAUGCACCAGCUCUUCCAGCAAGGGCAUCUUCAAACUCUUUGGUUGGAUUUCUUAGUGAUGAAAUACUUAUGAACAUAUCAGAUUUUAGUCCUUCACAUCACUUAAACAAAUAUCCUUUGAGGUCAUCCAACCCAAAAACUCCACCCAAAUUGCCCCCGAAAGGAAUUCCGAUUCCUCCAGCAGCAGAUGAUGACUCUGAGUACAAAGUGCCCGUAAUAUCAAACAUAGAUACUGAAUAUCAGAUUCCUUCCUCAAAUCCCAUUCCUACUGUUCCUGAAGAGAUAGUUGCAGCUGAAACUCUACAUGAAAUAUCUGCCCCUAUACUCUCAGCUUCUCAGAUGUAUCAAGUUCCCCCUUCACAAACUAUUGUCUCCAUCAAGCCAACUAAGAAGGACAGAAGGAACUCGGUUAUCGAGGAGCAGUCUAAACCACUAAGUUCAUUCUUUACUGGGCAAGAGGAUCCAUAUCCUAAGAACAACUUUAGAACUCUGACUAAACGAUUUGAAAAGACAAAUGAUAACCAAGUAAGUGGUGAAUUAAAAGAUGCAAAACAAUCAUGUCAGGGAACAUCUGUUAAAGACAUGAUUGCAAGGCUAAAUAAAAGGAAGCCCACAGAUGAAAAAGAUGAACUUAAAAAAGAGGAACCACCUCACCCUGUUGCCACUACAGACAAGGUGGAGGGAGACCUUCCCAAACCUGAUCCCCCUCAAGAAAAUGACCCACUUUCAAUAAACUCUGAACCUAAAUUGCUUAAGCCAAUGUUACCACCCAGACCACAGAAUCUUUUAAAUGGAGCCACAAUAACCCAGAAAAACAUUUCCUCAAUUGAGGAACACCAGAGUUGUAACUCAAAGGCAGAGGAUGAUAAUAUAUCUGAUGAUGAUUAUUAUGAAACUCCAGAUGAUAAUAGUUUUGACAGCAGUUCUCAGCAGGAUUCUCAAGACACAUCCCGGGGCAAAGACACAACUGCCCCUUGGAGAGUCAUGCCAGAGACAGCGGGAGAAUGGUUUGUAGCCAAGUUUGCAUUUGUGCCGACCAUUGACCAGGCGCUCGGCCUCAACCGUGGUGAUGAGGUCUUAGUGUAUGAUACCUCUGGUAACUCGGGGUGGUGGAGGGGGUCAGUCAGGGGACGCUCUGGCCUCGUGCCCCGGGAGUAUCUCAGGAAGAAAGAAUAGUGUGCAUAACUGGACUCAUUUCAACAUUAAACUCUGAAGAGCAUGCAAUUGUACACAAAUAAACUUGAAGCAUAAAAUUCAGGCAUUAGAAAAAUCCACACAAUUUAACCACUCCAUCAUCAUGUAUGGAUAACUACUGUACAGUUAAAAAACACAGAGCUCUGUGACAUUGGUGAUUAUAUGACUGUACAGUACAGUACCUGUACUGUAGUAUUUAAUUAUACUUUCCUUAUAUUUGCACAAUACCUGGCCUGAUUAGAUGUUUCCAUUCAGAUGAAUCAAUACUGUACAGAACUGGCAUUUGUCAAAUUUACAGUGAACAGCUGAGCAACAAAUUAACAAUUUCAAAUCACAUUGGCAUCAUAAGAAGAAGUAAUUUUGAAAAUUAUUGACAUUAUCAGUCCAUUUUGAACAUUGUUGAAUGCCAUGUAGUGUGUUUUCAGUCAUGAAUGAUAUUUAUUCAAGCUUUCCAAAGAAAAAACAAUACUCAUUUAUUAAUUGUUGAUAUAUGUGAUAGAGUUUAUUACUGAUAACUGAAAUAUACAGUUAUAUAACUACUGUACAUACCAGUAUGUACACAAUGCAGUACAUACAUAACUUGACACAUGGUUUCUCCUUUAAUCUUAUUUUAUAAAAUAUUACUGUAUGUAUUCAAUACUGUACUGAUACUAUAAUUGCUUUUUAAAUAAAAGUAAUUUUAUGAUCUCUUGUCUACUGUUUAUUUGCUGUACAGUAUAUUUAUCAGCUUACAGUAUUUACAUAACAGUAUAUAGUACUUUAUAUUCCAGUACUGUACAUCUGGCUGUUGGUGGUACAGUGGUAGUGUGCUUACCUCUCACCUCUGCAUCCCUCAUUCGAUCCAAAGCCAGAUGUGAGAGUGGUGUGCAAGUUUUCUCUGGGUGUUCCAUCUUCCUCCUGUAAUAACACUGUACCCAUGAUUGGUGUACAAACUCCUUAUGAACAAUGGAGGUUAAAUAAACCACCACCUUCCUUCCCCUAUCAAAAAAGUAAAUUGAAAAAGGUAUACUGUACUGUAUAUAUCAGUGUACAGUACUCAACCAUUCUCAGUUUCUUAGGGUGAAUCAGGAUAGGUGAAAAUUAGGAAAUGUUACCAAGAAGUAUAAUUCUUUGCUGGCAUGUUUAAAACUCAUUCUUACUACUGUACAGGAAUUUUUAAUGAUGUAUAAUUAAUAUACUGUACUGUACAGCGAUGCUAAAAUACUGUCUGUAAAGAUUGUGGGUAAAUAUACUAUUUUGUUUUCAAAAUUGAUAUUUACUUAAAAGAAUCCAUACACUUUUCUUAUGGUCAGAGCUAACCAUCUGAUAUUCAGUAAAGGAAAGAGGCACUACAUUUUCUUAGUUCAUACACUGUCUAAAUGAAAAACUUAAUGACUCCUUCCAACUUAUUUCAUUUUAGUCCAAAUGUUUUAUGUAAUUGGGGUACUGUAUUUGAACCUUCUGGUCACUAAGUUUGACACUAUUACAGUAUGUCUUGCUGUCCAGUUUACUAUGCAAAGAAGUAAUAGUAUAUCUCAAUUAUUAUUACUUAAUUAUUUUACUUAUUAAUUGAGACAAAGCACCAAUUUCAUUAUAAUGUACACAGUAUAAUGCUAUUAUUGUAUUUGAUAUAUGUAUAUACUGUAGGUCCAUAGUGACUUUUGUCUCAUAUAUUUAACACAGCAGUACAUGCAGCACCUUCACCAGCCUCUGAAGUUACGGCAUAGGUCAGGUCUAACAUACACCACCGUACUGUAUCCCUUGUGGAAAAAAGGGAACCUUAUUUAAAGUAAUGAAACCUGAUUUUUCUUAUAAUUCAUUAUAUUUACAUUAUUUAAAAGUAUUUUUUGUACUGUACAUAUAAUUUUCACAUUAAAAACAAAUUCACCAGGCUUUAAUAUACCAUUUCACCACUUGUCCGUCUACUCCACUUACCAUUCAAGUGGUUGGUCUGUUCUUUGUUGUGAUCUUUACUGUCCAGUGUUAGUACUGGAGGAAACCUGUGAUGCUUGGUAGUGUCAUGCUGGAUAACACCCUUCUCAUGUGUGUCUCAGCCAGGACUUGGACCCAUGACACAGUUGUGAGAGAUAUGCAUGUUACCACUCUACUGUACCAUCAUAUUAGACUCGUAUUCCCCCAAGGGAGAAUAAAGAGUUCAGUACCUUCCAAUCCCAGGUGAAUUUUGUUUUAAAAAAUAUAAAAUAAUGUAAAUACAGUAUCAUGAAUUAAUCUAUUAAAAUGUGAGAAAAAAUCAAGUCUAGAAUAUGUUUCCUUUAUUUCCACAAGGGUUUCAAGGUUUGGCAAAGGAUUGCUGUAAAGACCUGAUCCUUGGCACAUAUUGAUAUAUUAUAGUUUGCAAGUGUUUGAGUUGUUUGUAGGUAAAUGCUGCAUUUUGAUGAGGGGUCCACAACUGACUCUGCUGUCUUGUGAAUUAAGUAUUGUAGAUAUAGAUGUGAAAUUCUAGUGGUAAUGAUGGUUGUCCUUGAUGAUAUAACCCAAGAAGAUAAAGAUGUGGGGAGUUUGAUGAUAAAAGGACAUAAAGAUGUUAUUUAGUUAGUCUGGUGACUAAUUUUUUAUAUGUUUUUUAAUAAACUACAAAUUUAGUGCAGAUUAUUAAUUCACUUGUACUCUCAGACCACACGAGACUAAGGUACAAUAGGUAAUAUUGUACAUGAAAAGGGAUAUUGUACUGUGUAACAUAUCUAUCAUCUUAUUAAUAAACUGCUAGCUUCAAGUUACACAAGUCUUGUGUCCAGAAAAUAAAUAAAAUGUAUAUAUAGGAUUGACUCACAUUUUGAGAAAGUGAAUUUUAGAAUGUAUUGUACUGUACUGUACAGGUACUUGAUUGUGUAGUACAGUACAAGCCACAUAACAAAUUAAGUAUAGUGUAAAGUAUGUAAUGUAAAUACUGUUUUAAGUAGUUUUUAUUGUUAUGCAUUAUUGUCAACAUUGUUAAACAUCUUACUAGUCUGUAAUGCCAAAUAAGAGUACAUCUUGUACCAGUUAUUGCAAUAAAUAUUUUUUGUACUGUAAUUACACUAUGCCAAAUAUACACUAAAUGCUACCAUGAAAUAAAUAUUAUUAUAAUAAAAUA